AUGUCCUCCUCCAGACUGGGACUCCCUUUGGCUGCCUGCUUACUAAACAUUUCAGAAGCCAGAAGGAAGUACAUUGUUGAGAGCAUAGCAAGAGCAGCAGUUUGGAGAAAUGGGGGAAAACAUCCUGAAGUAUCAGUGCUCAAUAUCUUUUCUGACCAAGCAUAUAACAGAUCAGUUAUUACAAUAGUGGCUUCUAUUGGUAACCCGGGUAGUUCUGUUCUGGCUGCCAGUGUGGAGACUUUCCAGACUAUCAUUAUGGAGGUUCAAAAGGGAGUCCACCCUUGCCUAAGAGCAAUAGACCUGGUCCCCAUUUACCCUGUCUUUGGUGUUGGAGUGGAAGAGUGUGGCAUGGUGGCCAGAAGUAAGAGAAAGACCGGUUCUUCUUCCUUAGUGGACACAAUACAGAAUUGAUCUUGAGGAAUUGUACCAACACUGGACGUUGGAGUUCGCAGUGGUCACCAUGUUUUUGUCGCUCAUCCUUCCACUUUCUGUGCAAUGGCAUUAUGGAACUCUAAAUGCUGAAGGAAGUGUCAAAAAAAUAAUCACUAAUGAUUUUGUCCCUUAUAAACUCACAACAAAACGUGAGGAAACAGCAGUUUCUAAUUCGUUCCUUGGACUCUUCGAAGGAGGGUGAUAGCAUGCUUGGCCCAGCUGUGUCCUAUUUUCUU